AUGUUUAACCCAUACAUACUAGAUACCCCUGCUGUCAUUUUUGACAACGGGUCGGGACUCUGCAAAGCAGGCCUGUCUGGAGAGAUUGUGCCCCGUCAUGUCGUCAAUUCUGUCGUGGGGCACCCUCAGUGUAACAUGCCUUUGUCACAGCCCUAUCAGAAACGCUACCUGGUGGGGGAAAAUGCCCUGUGCAAGUACGAGGCCCUCCUUUUGCACUACCCCAUUGAGCGAGGACUGGUAACAAGGUGGGAUGACAUGGAGCAGCUCUGGAAAUACCUUUUCGAGUGCCAUCUGGGAGUCAAAUCCUCUCAACGGCCUGUACUCAUGACCGAGACGUCCCUGAACCCAACAAAGAAUCGAGAGAAGAUGGCAGAGGUGAUGUUCGAGACGUUCAACGUGCCUGCCUUCUACCUGUCCAACCACGCGGUGGCCGCCCUCUAUGCCUCGGCCUCUGUCACGGGCCUUGUGGUGGACAGCGGGGAAGGGGUCACUUGCACUGUUCCCGUCUUCGAGGGUUAUUCCCUGCCUCAUGCCAUCACCAAGCUCGAUGUGGCAGGGAGGGACAUCACAGAGCACCUCAGCCAGCUGCUGCUCGCCAGUGGCAGCACCUUCCCUUACACGCCCACCAAGGGCCUGGUGGAUGACAUCAAAGAGAAGCUGUGCUACGUGGCCUUUGAUCCAGAGAAAGAGCUUCACAAAAGCCCAGAGGCGCUCCUGAGAAAGUACCUGCUGCCCGACGGCAAUGUCAUCUCCAUUGGGAGCCAGGCGUACCAGGUGCCUGAGGUUCUUUUUGCACCUCACCUGCUCGGCAUCCAAAGCCCAGGACUCUCCAGAAUGGUUGCCAACAGCAUUAUGAAGUGCGACAGGGACAUCCAGAUGAAGCUCAUCGCAGAUAUCGUGCUGUCCGGGGGCACCACUCUCUUCCCUGGGCUGGAGGAAAGGCUUAUGAAAGAACUAGAAGAGCUGGCGUCCAGAGGAACUCCCAUCAAGAUCACGGCUUCUCCUGACAGGUGUUUCUCUGCCUGGAUAGGUGCAUCUGUCAUGACCUCUCUGAGCAGUUUCAAACAGAUGUGGAUCACUUCUGCGGAGUUCGUGGAGCAUGGGACUCAUAUCAUUCAGAGAAGAUGCUUUUAAAGCAUCCACAGCACGAGGCACAGCUCGAAGUGUCGCAGAAGCACUGGGUGGAGGUGAAAUCUUGCCACGGUGUUUAAUAAAAGUGAUGUGACAUUUCGGGUCUCGGUUCAUUUUUGUAGGCGCCAGAUAAUUCCUGAUCCAGAUAGUGGAUAUUUUUUGUUUGUCGGGGGUUCUUAAACUGGGUUUAUAUGAGCAGUGGGAGGUCCUUGAACUCCUUCAUAAAUACAUGAAAAUAUUGGCUUAUUUGCAUAAGUACAGUUUUCUAAGGGGUGAGCCUAUAUUUUGCCACACAUAUUCAAAGGCCUUAAUGACCCAACAGUGCUCAGCAACAUGAAUGAAAAUACCUGAAUUCUUUUUAUAGAUCGGAGUAAGUUUCUGUUAUUAUUUUAUUUGUAGUUGAAGCAGGUUUUUUUGUCCAAGGCCCCAUAUCGAAGAUAAUUUUUCAGAAUUUUCUAUUAGAUCUCUAAUUUUUUUGUUCUGCUUAAUUAAUGCCUUCCUCACAAUAUUUUCUAUUAGUGUAGUCAAUCUUUCUAAGUGCUUCUAUUUCACCCUUCCUGUGUCGUGAAC